AUGCUUCCCCUCUACGCAGUGGUGGCGUGCCUCUCCCUAGCCAGUGUGUCUGCAGCCUCCCCCACUUUUUGCGCCGAGGCUGUGAGGCAGCAGCAGCAGCAGCAGCAGCAGCAGCUGCUGCGGAAUACCAUGGAGGGCGAAGUCUCGGCAGAAGCUGCAGCUCUGCGCGACCCCGCAGCAGAAACCCUCGAGGCAGCAGCAGCAGCAGGAAACGGGGCUUCGGAGACGCAGCAGCAGCCGCAGGACGGACGCGAGCUGCAGCACGACGAGCAGCAGCAGCAGCAGCAGCAGCAGGAGCAGCAGCACGCCGAAGACAGAGCCAGCAGAAGCAGCAGCAGAAGGCCCUCUGCUGCAUGCAGCGCUGGAGAUGAAGAGGAAGUGAUUUACUCUGACCACGAGGGGCCUCCUGAGGAGGUGCAGCAGCAGCAGCAACAGCAGCAGCAGCAGCAGCAGCAGUCUGAAGAUGACGCUGCUGAGGCGGCUGCAGCAUCUUCGGGAGAGGCGAAGCUUCUGCAGGAGCAGCAGACGGAUCCGAAGGCUGGCAGCAGCAGCUGCAGCAGCAGCAGCAGCAGCAGCAACGGCCCCGCGCUGCAGCAAAACAGCGACAGGGCGUCUCCCCAGCGGAGGAGCUCGACAGCAGCGCUGAACGGGGCAGCAGCAGCAGCAGCAGAAGGCGAGGCAGCAGCAGCAGCACCAGCAGAGGAGAGCACUGCAGCAGCAGCAGCGCGAGCCACCGAAGUCGGAGCAGCAGCAGCAGCAACACUGGCACGAUUUGCUGCUGCUUGCGAAGAGAGCGACGAAGAGGGGGCCAUUUCCGAUGAGGAAGAAGGCCUUUCUGCUGAAGCAGCAGAAGCAGAGGCAGCAGCAGCAGCAGCAGCAGCAGUGGCAGCAGCAGCAGCAGCAGCAGCAGCGGGCCAGAGCAGCAGCAGCACAGUCGAGCUGCUCAACGCGCCGCUGAGCCUCGAUGUUGCAGCAGCAACAGCAGCACUUAAGGAGGCCUGCAGCAGUUUGCUGCUGCGGGUUUCUUCCUCUCCGUCUCUGUCUGGAGACAGUCUGCAGCUUUGUGUCACCUUCAGCAGCAGCUUAGCAGCAGCAGCAGCAGCAGCAGCACUGAACGGCCGCAAGGCCUGCAGAAGGGUCCUGCGGGCCUCGCUGGCGGGGCCCCCCCGUGCUGCUGUUAGGGGGCCCCCCAGGGCCCCCCCGCUGGCUGCCCCUCCGGCCCCUGCAGCAGCAGCAGCAGCAGCAGCAGCAGCAGGGUUCAGGGGGCCCCAGCAGCAGCAGCAGCAGCAGCCGCCCCCGCCCCCGCCCGUGGGCGGCGGGCCCCCCGGCGUUGUCAAAGCAGUUUUAAGGCCAAGGCCUGUUGGCUUGAGGAGAGAUGCAGCAGCAGCAGCAGCAGGCCCAGCAGCAGCAGCAGCAGCAGCAGCAGCAACUGCUGCUGCUGCUGCAGGCUCUCCCGCGGCGCUCGCCAGCCGCGUGUGCCUCACGCCGCGGCCGGGCGACGCCUGGGGCUCCCCCCCCAAGCCAGCAGCAGCAGCAGCAGCAGCAGCAGCAGCAGCAGCAGCAGCAGCAGGACCCGAAGCAGCAGAUGCUGCUCCGCGGCUCGAGAGAGUCAGCAACUGGGCUGAGGGGCAGAGCAUAGAGCAGCAAAUGAAAGACUUCCAGCAGCUGCACGCGCGCUUCAGACACACCAUCAGGUAUUUGCUGCUGUCCAACCUGCCGGAACAUCUGCAGCAGCCAGAGGCGCUGCUGGAGUGGCACCACAAGGUGGUGGAGCAGCCGCUGGAGGUUCUCAUAGAAAUAAUAAGGCCCGAGCAGCAGCAGCAGCAGCAGCAGCAGCAGCAGCAGCAGCAGGAGGGGGCCGGCCCGCAGGGCGAGGGACAGUCGGAGCCAGCGUCGGGCGCUGCUGCUGCUGCUGACGGAGCAGCAGCAGCAACGCAGGGGGGGGAGACCCCGGCUUCUGCGGCGAGCAGCGACGCAGCAGCAGCAGCAGCAGACACUGCAGCAGCAGCAGACACCGCAGCAGCGGCGGACGCUGCAGCGGCAGCAGCAGACACUGCAUCGGCAGCGGACACAGCACCGGCAGCAGACAAAUCAGCAGCAGCAGCAGACCAGUCACAAGAGAAGGACGGAAGUGCUGCUGCAGCAACAGAGGCCGCUAGUUCCCCUGCUGCUGCUCCAGCAGCAGCAGCAGCAGACGCGGCCGCAGGCGAAGCAGCAAGUGCCCCGAGCGCCGCCGCAGACUCUGCAGCAGAAGAAGGCGCACCUGGCACGGAGAGCAGCAGCAGCAGCAGCAGCAGCAGCAGCAGCAGCAGCAGCGGCGCAGCAGAACUCAGCGCGGCCGGGGAGGGCGGAGAGGCGCCUGCGGGCGCAGCGGCUUCCGCAGCGCCUUCCGCGGCCCAGCCCGCAGCAGCAGCAGCAGCAGCAACAGCAGCAGCAGCAGCAGCAGCAGCAGCAGCAGCAGGAGUUGUGGCCCACCUGACCUACAAAACCAAACAUGCAUGCGUCGGGGCCCUCCGGAAGCUGCAGCAAAACACUCAGGGAGUUGUUGCAGCGCCUGCGGGGCCCCGCAGGGCCAACGCGGUCUUGUGGGUCGGCAACUGCCGCGGUGGGCCAGCAGCAGCAGCAGCAGCAGCAGCAGCAGAAGCAGCAGCAGCAGCAGCAGCAGCAGCAGCAGCAGCAGGAGCAGUUGUAGUGGCAGCGGGAACAGCAGAAGCAGCUGUAGGAGUAGCAGGAGCCGCACGAGCAGUAGCGGGAGCAGCAGGGGCAGUAGCAGUAGCAGGAACACUAGCAGCAGCAGCAGCAGCAGCAGCAGCAGCAGCAGCAGCAGCAGCAGUAGCAGCGCAGCUGGGGUCUUUUUACCUGAAGCCGGAGUACCUGGGCGAGACGCGGCGGCUGUUCAGCACUUUCGGGCCCCUCGACCGUUUUCAGUUUUUGCUGGAGCGCGGCUGCGGCUUUGUGCACUUCGCCCGCAUUGCCGAUGCUGUCGAGGCCCGCAACCACCUCCACGGGGUCACUGUCGGGUCUGCUGCUGCUGCUGCUGCUGCUGCUGCUGCUGCUGCUGCUGCUCUUGCUCUUGCUCUUGCUCUUGCUCUUGCUCUUGCUGUUGCUGUUGCUGUUGCUGUUGCCCUUGCUGUUGCUCUUUUUGUUGCUGUUGCUGCCGCUGGUGGCGCUGUUUCCGGCGCUGCUGCUGCUGCUGCUGCGGUUCGGGGCGCACCAGCUGCUGCAGCAGCAGCAAAGUGGCUGCUUCGUUGCUGCUUUUGCUGCAGCGGCGUGUCUCUGAACGUGGACUUUUCUCCUUCUGGCCAGGCGCCUUUUUGCGACAAGAAAACUGCAGCGCAGCGGCAGCGGGAAGACCGCCACAGGUCUCGCUCGCCGUCUCGCUCCCAGCAGCAGCAGCAGCAGCAGCAGCAGCAGGCCCGCGGCAGUCGGCAGCGGCAGCGGCAGCAGCAGCAGCAGCAGCCCCCAAAGAUGGGACCUCUGCACCCCGUGGCCCCCCACAUGCGGGGCUCGCCAAUGGGGGGCCCCUACGGGGGCCCCGGGGGCCCCGGGGGCCCCGGGGGCCCUGGGGGCCCCGGGGGCCCCGGGGGCCCCGGCUGCCCCCCCCCCUUGUGCAGCAUGAGGCCGGGGGCCCCCAUGGGGGACAGGUCUUUCUUUGAAAUGGGUCCUGGAGGGGGCCGGGGGGGCCCCCUGCCGCUGCGGCGGGGCAUGCUGCCUUCGCCAGGGGGGCCCCCCAUGCUGCGGCCGGGGGGGGGGCCCCCCACGCCGCUGCUGCUGCAGCGGGAGCGGCUGGAGAGGCCCCUGAGGUACCCUGAAGAGGGGCCCCCCCCGAGGGUACUGCCGCCCCCACACGAGUUUGGGGGCCCCGGGGGGCCCCCCCCCUUCGAGGAGGCCCACAGCAGAAGAGAGCUGUGGGGCCGCAGGGGGCCCCCCGUCUACGCGCAUGGGCAGUACCCUCCCAGGAGGGGGCCCCCCCCCUACGCAGAUGACCUGGGGGGCCCCUUUGGGGGCCCCUACGGGGGGCCCCCCAGGGAGCGGGACAGAGAGCGGCACAGGGAAAGGGAAAGAAGGUCUUCUGGGGGUUCUCCGGAGGCCCACAAGGAGGGCGACAAGAGCAACUCGAAGAGCAGCAGCAGCAGCAGCAGCAGCAGCAGCAGCAGCAGCAGCAGCAGCAGCGGGGGGGGCGGCAUCACCAGCGACUUGCUGUCGCUGCUGCGGCAGCGGCUUCUGAGCGGCGCUGCUGGGGGCCCCGCGAAGGACGAGGCGGGCGAGGACGGCAAGCGCAGCAGCAGCAGCAGCAGCGCAGCAGCAGCAGCAGCAGCGGCGGCGAAGGGCAGCAGCAGCGGCGGAAAAGACCCGCUGCUGCAGCUGCUGCAGUGCGAGCCGCAGCUGCUCGACUGCAUGCUGCUAGACAUUGCCAGAGAAAGGCUGCAGAAGCAGCUAGGGGACCGCAGCAAGAAGGGGGGCCCCCUUGAGGGGCCCCCCUCCCCGCGCUGCAGCUCUGCUGAGAGGCCCCUGGAGGCCCGGGGCCCCCGGGGGGGCCCCCCGGAGGAAGCAGCAGCACGGCAGCGGGGGGGCACCCCUGAGAGCAGCAGCAGCAGCAGCAAAGCCCGGCGGUCUGCGCGCAGCAGCAGACGCAGCCGCAGCAACUCCAGGGGCGACAAAAGAAGCAAAAGCAGCAGAAGGCGCCGCAGGAGCCGCAGCAACUCCGCAGACUCGCACCCCCGCGAGCGCGGGGCCUGCGAAGACCAGCAGCAGCAGCAGCAGCAGCAGCAGCAGCAGCAGCAGCACAGACACGAGAGGCGCAGCAGGAAGUCGCCCUCCGCAGGACGCACUGGGGGCAGCAGCAGCAGCAGGAGAGGCGACAGCCACGCAGAGGGCUGGGCAGAGGCCCGCGGGGACAGCAGCUGGGGAGAAGAGGGGCCCCACAGCUCGAAGCGGCGGCGGGUGGGGGCCCCGUCGAGCAGCAGCAGCAGCAGCAGCAGCAGCAGCAGCGCUGCUGCUGCGCCGCCAGGGCCUGCGGCCGGGGGCCCCGCCCCCAGCGGGGGCCCCAGCAGCAGGGGGGGCCCCCUGGGGGGCCCCCUGGGGGGCCCCCCUGACGUGUGGGGCCCCGAAUAUGAGAGAGGGAGAGGCAGCAGCAAAGAUCGAAAUAUGCUGCUGGUCUGCCGCGUCUCCAAACAGGGGCAGCACGUCUGCACCAUGAGCGCCAAGUUCAUCAUGGGGGACGCCUCGCUGCAGCCGCCUGCGCGUUUGGACGUGAACCAGCGGGCGAACCUGGAGCGGCUGCAGUCGCACUUGGUGCGGGGCGCGUCGGUCGGGCGUGAGGGCGGCUCUGCUGCUGCUGCUGCAGCAGCAGCAGCAGCAGCAGGAGCGCGCUUUUCGGCCUGGCAAAUGGGAGCAGACUCAGCAGCAGAUAGCAGACACUAUGAUGCUCUUUGCGACUACUUUAUUCAGAAGCAAAGGCUGGGGCUGCGGGAGGGCAGCAGCGCAGCAGUUUACAUGGUGCCCCCCAACCCCAACUGCCCGACGCCAAUUUUAUGUACGCAUUUGUCAUCUCCAAGUCUCGAGACACAAGAGGCGACUCGCACUACUAGGCAGCACACAGAGAUGCCCCCCACCGCAGCCGCAGCAGCAGCAGCUGCAGAAGCUGCAGCAGCAGCUGCAGCAGAAGCUGCAGCAGCAGCUGCAGCAGGAGCUGGAGCAGAAGCUGCAGCGGGAACUGCUGCAAAGCAGCAGCUGCUGUUUAGCGUGGGGGCCUUGACAAGGCCCGACUGGCCGCCGACUCCCCCACGUUGGAUGUCUCUACAGCCAGCAGCAGCUCCAGCAGUUGCUGCUGCAGCUGCUGCUGCAGCUGCUGCUGCGGCUGCAGCUGCUGCUGCAGCUGCGGCUGCGUGA